AUGUCCCUCUCUCGAGCACUCUAUAGUGCCUCGGCUCAGGUCACCCGGGGACUGCGUGAGAGCUGGCCGGGCACUGACGCCGAUGAGGGCACUCGACGAAAUGCAUCCGGCAUAUGUGUCACCUCAUCCACGGCAAUGCCUGCCUCGUCCUCUGUCCCCGGGAAUAUUCCCAAUGCCACGUGCCCUCACUCCAUCUUCGCCGGGCUGCACCGCACUCUCGACCCGGUGGUCUUCAACAUCCCCCGUCGUCACCGGGAGAUGAAGGCCGGCAUACGAAAUGCCCGCGGCAGGCUCACCCGGCCCCAGGUCCAUGUGGAAGCCGCCGUCGACCUCGCCGACUCCCACCCGCGCACGUCUCGCCUUCUGAAGAAGGUGGUGACGUGUGUGAAGCAGUUGGAGAGCGAGAUCCACGAGGACGGUCCCCCGACCGCGGGGUUCCGAGGCCUUUGA